AAAACAAAAGUCAGAUAGAUGGGUAAAUCAAUAUGAAAAGAAUCUUUGUGUAAGGACGUUUUGGUCAAUUCUGAUCAUUACUACUCGUGCGUGCUUUUUCCGCGCCUCCCCACCCCAAAACCUCCCGAAGCUCCUCCUCUUUCUUCUUUGAUUUCCAUUCCAUGGGAGAGGACACCCAAGUUCGCUAAAGAAGCCUCCCUUCGUCAAUUUCAAGAUCUAAGAACCGAUUUGUUUUCGUUUUUGAGUGCGAGGAUGAACUCUCUGUUGGAGCGUUACAGGAACGAUCGACGCAAGCUCAUGGAGUUUCUUAUGUCUUCGGGUUUGGUAAAGGAGCUUCGUUCCCAUUCUGGUUCCUCAUCUGCCUCUCUCUCUCCAGCUGAUUUGGAUGCUCUCAGCGCCGAUUACGUCUUGGAUUGCGUGAAAUCAGGUGGUGUAGUUGAUGUCUCCAAGGCCACAAAGAAAUACAAUUUUGAGUCCUCAUACCCCGUUACGAUUCACUCUGAGUCUAGAGAUUCCUAUUUUCUUGUAUCGAGUCCAGAUGCAGCAGGUUCUCCUCCUCGUCGUUCACCUCCCCAACCGGUUAACAUUGAAAACUCCAGCAACAAUGGUCACGUUGAUUCUUCUAAUACUCCUUCACCUAUAGACUACACAUUUAAUGAGGAAACACCUGACAUCAAACCCAUGAAGCCUAUCAAAAUCAUCCCUCUCGGCUUGCCACCCUUGAGAACAGGGUUAUCGGAUGAUGAUUUGCGAGAAGCUGCUUAUGAAUUAAUGAUUGCGUCUAUGUUGCUUUCAAGUGCUGAUGCAUAUCCUACUCAGAGAAGAAAGAUGGAAAAGGGCUCAAAGCUUUUGUUAAGUUUGAAGAGAAAGGAGAAACCACAGCUACAGCCUCAGACCUCUAAUGCUCACUCAGAGGUCAUCAACAUGAUCCGUGUCCAGAUGCAGAUUUCAUCAAAGAUGGAUACAUGCAUACGAAGAAAUCUGGUACAAUUGGCUCAACUGAGGACAGGUGAACAAAUUGAUCUUCCACAGUUAGCAUUGGGGCUUUUGGUUGGUAUAUUCAAAUCAGAUUUUCCUAAUGAAAAACUCUACAUCAAGUGGAAGACUAGACAGGCUAACCUACUAGAAGAAGCUCUCUGUUUCUCACGUGGCCUGGAGAAAAAUGAACGAGCAACUUUGAGAAAAUGCCUUGCAACGAUUAGAGAAUCAAAGGAAUGGGACGUUGUAAUGUCUUCUUCACUGCGGAUUGAUGUUCUAUCUUCUAUAAGGCAUGUGGCAUCAAAGUUGUCAUCACUACCAGGGCGAUGUGGAAUUGAAGAAGAAACUUAUUACUGGACUGCUAUAUAUCACUUAAACAUUAGACUCUAUGAGAAAUUGUUGUUUGGCGUAUUUGAUGUUCUUGACGAGGGUCAACUUAUAGAGGAUGCCUCAUCAAUGCUUUUCCAUAUGAAAUCAAUUUGGUCGACAUUGGGCAUAACUGAGAACCUACAUAAUGCAAUAUAUGGAUGGGUUCUCUUUCAACAGUUUGUGAGCACAGGUGAACCUUCUCUUCUAGGAAGCGCAAUUCAGGAGUUACAGAAAGUUACUGAAGAGGGCAACCCGAAGGAAGAUCUUUAUUUAAGUCGUCUAGUAUGUUCGAGGCAAACCAUUGGAGCUGACAUACACUUAAGUGUCUCCAAGGCAAUUUUCACUUCAGCUAGUGCUUGGUGUGAUGACAAACUUCAGGACUACCAUCUACACUUUGGUAAGAAACCUCGUGAUUUUGGAAUGCUCGUCAGCUUGGCAUCAACGGUUGGACUUCCUCCAGCUGACUGUAUGAGAACUGAGCUUAUCAAGCUAGACACAUUGAGUGAUGAUGUUGGUGAUAAGAUACAGUCCUAUGUUCAGAAUUCUAUAAAAGGCGCAUGUGCCAGGGCUGCACAUUUUGCGUAUGUGAAAUCUCAUGGUGAGCGCACGCAUGCUCUAGCUCUGCUUGCAAAUGAACUGAGUGUCAUUGCAAAGGCAGAGAUCAAUGAGUUUGUCCCAGUUUUUUCCAAAUGGUUACCUGAAUGUAUGAUGAUCUCGGCCAUGCUGCUGCAUCGGUUUUAUGGAGAAAGACUGACGCCUUUUCUAGAAGGCGUUUCAUCCCUCUCUGGUGAUGUUAGGAAAGUAGUUCCUGCUGCUUAUAUGUUAGAGGAAGCGUUAACUCAACUGUAUAAUUGUCAUAGCAAAUCCAAGUUGCACAAACCUUACCUUCACAAGUUGAAGAAUUACGAGAUAGAAAAGGCUGUCAAACCAGUAAUGCUGGACUGGCUUAUAUCUCAACAUGAUCAUAUCUUGCAAUGGACUAGGCGAGCUUUUGAAAUUGAGGAGUGGGAGCCUGUAUCAGUUCAUCAAAGACAUGCUCCAUCAAUCGUUGAAAUAUUCAGGAUCAUAGAAGAGACUGUGUCUCAGCUGUUUGGUUUACAUCUGCCCGUUGAUAUCACACAUCUUCAAGCUCUUCUCUCGAUAAUUUACCAUAGCUUGGAUACUUAUCUUCAGAGAAUUUACGACCAACUAGUUGACAAGAAGCUUCUAUAUCCGGCAGCCCCUCCUUUGACUCGAUUCACAGAGGGUGUUAUGCCAGCAAUGAAGAGAAAGUCGCUCGAGUUUGCAGAGCCAGAUAAUAAAAUGGUUACGAAAUUGGAUGAACUGACAAUACCGAAACUCUGCAUAAGAUUGAAUACACUCUGCUAUAUUCAGAAACAAAUCAGUGCAAUAGAAGAUGGCAUAAGGAAAUCUUUGACACUUGUCCGAUCCUCUCUUGACAAGAGAUCAAAUAUCGAGACUGACGAAGCAGAAGAGGAGAAUUCAUUGACGCAUAGUGAAGCUGUUGAUGAACUCUUUGCUACCACCUAUGACAGCCUCAGGGAAACCAAUGCCAAUUGCAUAACUAAAACCCGUGACCUAAUUGGGGCAAGAGUGAUAUUCUGGGAUCUGAGAGAUAUGUUCCUAGUACAGUUGUACAAUGGCACGGUCGAAGGCGCCCGCUUGGAAAGAUUACUCCCUCACAUUGAUACCGUGCUUGACAACGUAUGCAGCUUGAGUUACGAAGACUCGCGAGACAUGGUGGUUUUAAGCAUCUGCAGAUCCGCGUUGGAAGCUUAUGUUCGAGUACUACUUGAUGGAGGUCCAACACGUGCAUUUUCGGAUUCAGAUAUCCCUUUGAUGGAAGAAGAUCUCAGUAUUUUGAAGGAGUUCUUCAUCGCUGAUGGAGAAGGUCUUCCUCGUUCCCUAGUUGAGCAAGAAGCAAAACAGGCUAAAGAGAUCCUCGACUUGUACUCUUUAGAGAGUGAAAUGCUGAUACAGAUGCUAAUGACUGCGAGCGAGCUGAUUGACAUGGGAGUGAGUUCAGAGCAACGGCGCUUGGAGGACGCACAGACACUAGUCAGAGUUCUUUGCCACAAGAAAGACCGAACCGCCUCCAAAUUUUUAAAGCGACAGUACGAGUUUCCUAUGUCAUCAGAGUAUGAAGAUCCAACAUCGAAUCUCCCUGCCUUAUCUGAAAUCGUGAGAAGCACAUCCACCCGCUGGAGCCAGACGAGCCAGAGUAGUUUCAGUUCCUUCAAGAAGAAGAUUCAAGACGCAACAUCAGAGAUCAGGAACAACUCAGGAUGGUAGUAGGAUCUGCGUUUUUUGUACCUAAAACAAAUGAAUCUUUCUUGAAACAUUCAGAGUCUUUGUUCUCACUGCUUCAGUUUUCUGUUCUUGUCAGCUCAUUAGCUUUGUCUAUUCAAUGGAAACUUUCUUUCA